AUGGAAGCAGAAAGUUUGGGAGAAGCUCUUGCUGCUAUUCUGGUGAACUUUGAUGUUGAUGAUAUGGAGGGCUACGUGGAAACUGUAAAUACGCUUGCAGGUCUGGGUUUUUACACUUACCACCCAAGAAAGCUUGAUCUUGACCUUGCAAAUAGAACCACUCCACCAACUAAGCCUUCUACUAUUGAGCCACCGAAGCUUGAGCUUAAGCAGCUCCCAACACACUUGUGGUAUGAGUUCUUUGGUCCGAAUAAGACAUUGCCAAUGAUUGUUUCAGCAUUACUGCUUGAGGAACAGAUUGAGCAAUUAUUAGAGAUUUUGCGCGAGUAUAGGCAUGCUAUUGGUUGGACUAUAAUGAGAUAUUCGGGGUAUUCCUUCUGGUUCUACAGGCGCUUCAUCAAAGAUUUCUCCAAGAUUACAAACCCGAUAUGCAAGCUUCUUGAAAAAAAAUCUAAGUUUGUGUUUGAUGACAAGUUUCGAGAAGUAUUUAAUGAAUUGAAGGAGCAUCUCACUUCUGCUCCUAUUAUUGUUGCUCAUAACUGGUCCCUGCCUUUUGAAUUGAUGUGUGAUGCGAGUGGUUUCGCGAUUGGUGUUGUGCUUGGCCAGAGGCACAAUAAAAUUAUGCACCCGAUCUACUAUGCUAGUAGGACUCUUAAUGCGGCUCAGAUGAACUACCUGGUGACAGAGCAAGAGCUGCUUGCUAUAGUGUAUGCUUUUGAGAAGUUUAGAUCCUAUUUUUUUGGGUCCAAGGUUGCGGUGUACACUGAUCAUGCUACAUUGAGGUAUCUUAUGGCAAAGAAGGAGGCUAAGCCACAACUGAUUCUUUGGGUCCUUUUGUUGCAAGAGUUCAUUUUCGAGGUGAAAGAUCGAAAGGGGUUCGAAAAUGAGAUCGCUGACUAUCUCUCCAGGUUUGAGAAAACUGGGGUGCCAACAGAGGAACUUGAUAUUGAUGAUGCUUUUUUGGAUGAGCAAUUUUUGGCGAUGUCUAUGCAAGUGGCACCUUGGUAUGCGGAUUUGGCUAAUUACUUUGUGACUGGCAUCAUUCCUGACGAGAUCAAAUCUUACCAGAAAAAGAACUUUUUGCGUGAUUCUCGUCAGUACUAUUGGGAUGAACCAUACUUAUUCAGAACUUGUGUUGAUAACAUUAUUCGGCAUUGUGUUCCAGAGAGUGAGGUGUUAGAGAUUCUGAAGGCUUGCCACGACUCUCCAGUUAGGGGCAUCAUAGUGGUACGAAGACUGCUGCAAAGGUGCUCGAAUAUGGUUACUAUUGUCCUACACUCUUUCAUGAUGGUAAUUUGA